AUGUCAAGUAAACGACCUUUUGAAGAUAUUCAUCAAGAUCAAGCUCAUUCUUUACCCGUUGCUUCUCAAUUAGCUGCUGCUACAAAUCUGUUUGAAGUAUUAUCUGGUGGUUCCCAAGAUCAAUUAUUAAAGAAAAUAAAACGAACAAAUCCAGAUGAAGAACCUUCCAAAUUUGAAAAAGAAUUAUUGGACAUGACUCAAGCUAUCAAUGAAUUGGGAAGUGAAGAAGAUCAGAAUUGGGCUAGACCUAAAUUGCCAUCAAAUUUUGAUCCUGAUUUAAUGGAUAUAUCUUUUCAACAAUUGGAUGCAGAAGAAUUUAAUGAUAUGGAUAAUACACAUGCAAGAUUUUUUGGAAUUACUCAAGAAGGUUAUUCAGUUUUAUGUAAUGUUACAGGUUUUAUUCAUUAUUUUUAUUCUCCAGUUCCUAGAGAAUUUUCAAGGCAAGAUAAUUUAAAUCGAUUUAUUGACUAUUUACAAACAAAUUAUGAUGGUGUAUUGAAUGUAGAAAUUGCAUUAAAGGAAUCUAUUUGGGGUUAUAAUAAUAAUAUCAAAACUCCUUUUUUUAAAAUAUAUGUAAACAAUAAUAGAAAUAUUACAAAAUUGAGAUCAGCAUUUGAAAGAGGGGACAUUAACUUUGAAAACUUAUUUCCAACACAGCCAAGUAUGAUUUAUGAUAAUAUAAAUUAUUUGUUAAGACUAAUGAUAGAUUGUAAGAUUACAGGAAUGUCGUGGAUCACAUUACCAAAGUCCAAGUACAAAUUAGUUAAAAAUAAGAUUUCAACCUGUCAGAUAGAAUGCUCAAUUGAUUAUAAAGCCUUAAUAUCACAUCAGUCUGAAGGUGAGUGGCUAAAAAUGGCUCCAUUGCGUAUAUUAUCAUUUGAUAUUGAAUGUGCUGGUAGAAAAGGUAUUUUUCCAGAAGCUGAACAUGAUCCGAUUAUUCAGAUUGCUAAUGUUGUUCUGAAAUCAGGUGAAUCUAAACCAUUUGUCAGAAAUGUUUUUACUGUUAAUACUUGUUCUUCCAUUAUAGGAUCUCAAAUUCUUGAACAUGAAAAGGAGGGUGAUAUGUUAUUACACUGGAAACAAUUUAUAACUGAAGUUGAUCCUGACGUUAUUAUUGGUUAUAAUACGACAAAUUUUGAUAUUCCUUACCUUUUGGAUAGAGCAAAAGCUUUGAAAUUAAAGGAAUUCCCAUUUUUUGGAAGAUUAAAAAAUGUUAAACAAGAAUGCAAGGAUGCAGUAUUCAGUUCAAGAGCAUAUGGUACAAGAGAAAAUAAAGUAGUCAAUAUUGAUGGAAGAAUGCAAUUAGACUUACUUCAAUUCAUCCAAAGGGAAUAUAAAUUAAGAUCAUAUACGUUAAAUUCAGUAUCAGCACAUUUUUUAGGAGAACAAAAAGAAGAUGUUCAACAUUCUAUAAUUACAGAUUUACAAAAUGGAACAAAAGAAACAAGGAGAAGAUUGGCAGUGUAUUGUUUAAAAGAUGCUUAUUUACCGUUAAGAUUAUUGGAUAAACUUAUGUGUUUAGUUAACUAUACAGAGAUGUCAAGAGUAACUGGUGUACCCUUUUCGUAUCUAUUAUCAAGAGGUCAACAGAUUAAAGUUAUCUCACAACUAUUCCGUAAAUGUUUAGAAGAAGAUAUUGUGAUACCAAAUAUGAAAAGUGAAGGAACAAAUGAAGAAUUUGAAGGUGCCACUGUUAUUGAACCAGAGAGAGGAUAUUAUGAUGUUCCAAUUGCGACCCUUGAUUUUAGUUCAUUGUAUCCAUCAAUCAUGAUGGCCCAUAAUUUAUGCUAUACUACAUUAUUAAGUAAAAAUUCAAUAAAAGCAUUUGAUUUGAAAAAAGAUGAAUUCACAAGGACUCCUAAUGGAGAUUUUUUUGUCUCUUCCGAAAGAAGAAAAGGAAUUUUACCUACAAUUUUGAAUGAAUUACUUACAGCUCGUAAAAAAGCGAAAGCUGAUUUAAAAAAAGAAACAGAUCCAUUUAAAAAAGAUGUUUUGAAUGGUAGACAACUAGCCUUGAAGAUAUCUGCAAACUCGGUUUAUGGGUUUACUGGUGCAACUAUUGGUAAAUUACCAUGUUUAGCUAUAUCAUCAUCAGUCACAGCAUUUGGAAGAGAAAUGAUUGAAAGGACCAAAACGGAAGUUCAAGAAUAUUACUCCAAAAAGAAUGGUCAUCCAUAUGAUGCUCAAGUAAUUUAUGGUGAUACAGAUUCGGUGAUGGUUAAAUUUGGAUAUCAAGAUUUAGAAACGUGCAUGAAGUUUGGUGAAGAAGCAGCUAAUUAUGUUUCAACUAAAUUCAAAAAUCCUAUCAAAUUAGAGUUUGAAAAAGUAUAUUUUCCGUAUUUAUUGAUUAACAAGAAAAGAUAUGCUGGUUUAUAUUGGACUCAACCUGAAAAAUUUGAUAAAAUGGAUACUAAAGGUAUUGAAACUGUUAGAAGAGAUAAUUGUAGGUUGGUUCAAAACGUUAUUACCAAAGUGUUGGAAUUUAUACUAGAAGAAAGAGAUGUUGAUAAAGCACAAAGAUUUGUUAAACAAACAAUUGCCGAUUUAUUGCAAAAUAGAGUGGAUUUGUCACAAUUGGUCAUUACCAAAGCUUUUACUAAACAUGACUAUUCUGCAAAGCAAGCUCAUGUUGAACUUGCUGAAAGAAUGAGAAAAAGAGAUCCGGGUUCUGCUCCAACUUUAGGUGAUAGAGUUGCUUAUGUGAUAAUAAAAUCUGGAAGUGAAAAAAAUUAUGAAAAAUCAGAAGAUCCAUUAUUUGUUUUGGAGAAUUCUUUACCUAUUGACGUCAAAUAUUAUCUUGAUCAACAAUUAACCAAACCACUUGAAAGAAUUUUCAUACCAAUAUUAGGAGAAAAUAAAACAAAAGAAUUAUUGGCUGGUGCUCAUACAAGAACCAUCAAAGUAUCGGCCCCAAAAACUGGAGGUUUAAUGAAGUUUGCCAAAAAAUCUGAAGUUUGUAUAAAUUGUAAAACACCAUUGAAGCCCGAUAAUCAUGGUGCGUUAUGUCCUAAUUGUAUUAGAGAAGGUAAAGGUCCUGAGUUAUUUGCCAAUGCUCUUUCUCAAAUGAAUUAUUUAGAAAGUAAAUUUUCAAGGUUAUGGACUGAGUGUCAAAGAUGUCAAGGAUCAUUACAUCAAGAAGUUUUAUGUUCAAAUAAAGAUUGUCCAAUUUUUUACAUGAGAAAAAAAGCUCAAAAGGAUGUACAUCAACAAGCAUUAGAAAUAGUAAAAUGGGAAGAAACUGUUUGGUGA